AUAUCAACAUGUAUUAACAGGCUUUAUAUGUAACACACGUUUAUAAUAUAAACAUACAUACUUAUUUGUAUGGGCUGGAUAUAUAUGGAAUUGUUUGUUUAUAUAUGUUUUUAUUUCAUAUGUACAUAUAUUACAUGUGUGUAUGGCUCUGUUGUAACCGUCCUCAGGGUGGGGGUCAGCUGCAACCUCUGAAUACUGACAUAUAAAUACAGUGAAUGAUCUGUCACGUGAUCACCUGUAAAUGGUGUGGCUCAUUAUCAGACAGGUGUGAGUUUCAGGUGAAGGUUUGGUUUGUCUCACAGAAAUCAAAAACUGUUCCAACCUCACCUUAGGUUAAACCAGGUUAACUCUCCAUCACCUGCACUAACAGCUGGAGAAGGGAACACCUUGGUACAGGAGCCACAGAGGGUCAGAACAGGUGAGUCGAGGAAAAAUAAAUCACUAAUCGAUACAUUGAUAAUGAUCGGUGGACUCGGGAACCUCAACCCGUGGAUCUCAGGAUGCACGAGCCUCCGUUUGAGAUGAUCUGAUAAAAUGACCUCGGAGUGUCAUUUGCCCCACGUUCAUCCAGCAGCAGCAGCAGCAGCCGCCGCCUGGCUCGGCUCGGCACGGCUCGGUUAUUCCCAGAGGCUGUGGGGCCAAACUGCAUCAAGUCUGCGUUAGUCUCAGAUCUGCAUCAAAAUGGACUCAAACGACACGAGCGGGCUCUGGGAGACGUGAACCGAGCCCCGGUGCGCUCCGGGAGAGACCGUGACCCGGUGUGAGACUCACAGACCGAGGAGCUUCUGUCGCUGCUGAAAUUUUAUUCUGCGCAUGAUGACGCGUUGCUGUGUGCGCUCCGCUCCGGCGCCGCUCGGCUAGCAGCGGCAGCGGCAGGAAGUAUGCUGUCGAAGCGGCGGUGGGGAAAGACCCGAGAACCAAAAGUCGGUGGUUGAGCAGGAGGAGGAGAAAUAACCAUGUCUAAUCCGUGACACUUGCACAUUUUGCACCUCCACGCCGUCGCAUCGCUCACCUCGCGGGCGCAGAGGCCAAUUGAGGGUGAUACCUCAUUGGCUGGUGUGACCCCCUCCGGCCCGCCACCUCCCAGGGUGGGCCCCGAUUGUCUGUACCAGCACCAGCUCUUGGGGAGAAAAUGGCCACCACCUCUGCCCUCAUCUGAAGAGCUAAGACCCGCUGUUUCCUCCCCCACCUCCCUAAUAUCACUGUUCAUUGCUGUGUUGUGAACCGUGAUUUUCUCCAACCGAUCGCUUUAGAGUACUAUGGCAAUGCAUGAUAUGAGUCGUGCCAAGGGUUUCCCCUGUAAAGAGUGUGAUAUGGUUUGCCCGAGUACUCCAAGUCUUCUAGAGCAUAUGAAAGCACAUUAUCAGCAAGAAGAAACCGGACGUUUUGAGUGUGAACAGUGUGGCCGAAUUUACAAGCACGCAGCUAGUCUAGCUAAUCAUAAAAAGUCUCACGAAGUGGGUUCGUUCCAGUGUCCUGUUUGUACCCGUACCCUGCCCAACGCUGUUGCUUUGAAGAACCACCUACGUAUCCAUACACUAUCCCCCAGUAGUGCACACACAGAAGAAGAGAGCGAAGAAGUACCUGAAGAGGCAGGCCACGACGAGAGAGACUACGGUCUCGCCCAGGACCUCUCGGACGGGUUUGGGCGCUCCCAUUUGAAUAAUAGUGGUAUGGGACAUAGUGUCCUACAAAGCCACGAGACAGACGACCACGGAAAAAAAGGCUCCCCUGAAUCUGACGACGCUUGGGACAGACCCUUCAAGUGUGAUCAGUGUGACAGAACGUACCGGCAUCACGGUAGUCUGGUGAACCACAAGAAGUGUCACCAACAAGGAACUUUUAAGUGCUCUGUGUGUUUCAAGCAAUUUAGCAACCUGGCUGCCCUAAACAGCCACGAGAGAACUCACUCGAAGUUCAAGACCCCUGGGGCAUCCAUGGUGAGCAGCAGCAGCAGCAGCCUCCACGCCACGGAGCGCAGCAGCGGCACUCAGUCAUCCCAGAGUGACGACACAGCCUCGUGUUUCUGCCACCUGUGCCAGAUAGCGCUGCCGAAUAAGGCCGACUUCCAGGAGCACAUCCUGCUGCACAACACGGCCUCGCCCUCCCUCGGCUUGCCACGCAGUUUCCCAGGCAUCAUGCCUCACAAUCUGAGUGCAGUUCGAUCCCCAGCAUACACCCCAGCCCUGGGGGACCCUCUGCCCCUGCCACCCCUGCCCAGUGAGAAGAGAGGUCCCUAUGAUCCCAUAAUGGGCCCUCCAGUCAACAAUCCCAUCUACACAUGCGCAUACUGUGGCGCAGGACACCCAGAUCUGGAGACCUUAAAAGUCCACUAUCUGACCCAUGAUCCCCACCCUGCUUCCCAUGGCCAGGACAGCUCCAUCCUUAAUUCAGACACCCUAAGUUCUGGAUCGCAGGGCUCAGUGUCUUCUCCCGCUGGAGGCCGUGUGCCCCAGGCCAAUUCUCCAGAUGAUGGAGAGCGGCGCUUCAAGUGUGGAGAGUGUGGGAAAAGCUACAGGCAUGCGGGAAGUUUGGUCAACCACAAACGCUGCCAUCAGACAGGCCACUACCAGUGCACCAUCUGCUGUAAGCAAUACCCUCACCUGGCAGCGCUACACAGCCACCUACGAAGCCACAAGGGGCGUCCCUCCAACCAGCCUAUUAAUAAUGACAGCAAUGACUGGCUAUCUCCAGAGCCGUUAACUCUGGACUCCCAGCAGAGCUACGUCCAGGAAGGCAGUGGUGCCACCACUCCAAUUUCGCUGCCAGGGAAUCUUGGUGAUGCUGCCCACUUUGUACCAGAUGGCGGCCACAGCAGUGGGUUGGACUCUCUUGAAUUCCAUGAUCGCUUUGAUGGCAGCUCACUUUCCCAGAGCAACUCUGCUCACCGCCAGGCCGAUAGACAUGUGUGUGCCGACUGUGGUGAGAUGUAUGGAGAUGUAUCUGGCAUCAAGUCACACAUGUGUCCCCGCCAUGGCCAACAGCAGCAGCCACAACAGCAGCAGAGCAACAUGUCCAAUGGUUUUAUGGGGAACAUGAAUUACCACAGCUCCAGUGGAACCUCACUGCCUGCUGGAAGCUCCAGCAGUCUGAAAGAAAGCGGUGGCCAACGACAGUACUCCCAGAGCGGAGGCAAGAGAAUGGGGAGCAACGACAAAGAUGAUGAGGAUGAUGGAGAAGUGUAUCAAUGCUCGGUGUGCGGUAACCACUACGCCAGCCUCAGAGCUCUCAGGAGCCACCUGCGUAGCCAUGCCAAUAACCCAACAGGACCAGGACCUUCCAACCUGGAGCAGGAUUGGAGAAUGAUCUGCUCCACUUGUGGUCAGAGCUUCUCCAGGAAGCAGGACCUUCUGAAUCAUCAGCUAGUCCACGGCCCCCAAAGGCCAGACGGCCAGCAACAGGGCAUUGGAGGUAGCUCUGCAAAUGGUAACGACAAGAUGGACGGACGCAAUCACAUUUGUGUUGACUGUGGCAUGUUCUUUGCUGACCGUCACCACCUCAUCACCCAUCUGUGCCCCGGUAAGAAUCGGGCCAGCUCACUGAGCAAGCAGGGCCUGAAUGGAGCCAAAGGCAUGUCUGGAGGAGAUGGCGUCGGUGGUGGGGUCGCUGGAGGGAGCCGUGAUGUCGGUGGCGAUGGACGUAGGCCUAUGGUUGACCAAAGUGACAAGCCCCACAAGUGCGACCAGUGUGGACGAGGAUACAGACACCCCUGCUCACUCCUUAACCAUAAGAAGUCCCAUAAGACUGGUGUUUUCCGCUGCUUGGUGUGCCAGAAACGCUACUACAACCUGCUGGCUCUCAAGAAUCACCAAAGGACCCACUUUGACCUGAAGAGGCACAAGUGUGAAGAAUGUGGCAAGGCCUUCAAGAUCCAAAAGCAACUGAUCAACCACCUCCGCCUCCACGAGGAACAUCGGGCUAAAGGUCUUGUUCGAACUGGCCCCAACGGUUCCCGCUUCCAGCAGCCUGGCCCAUCUCAAAUGCAGACUAUGAGAGGAGAGUCAUCAAAGGGCCAGGUAAUGGGUGUCAAAUACAGCCAUCAAGGGUUCAAAAAACCCUACUCCUCAGCAGGAACCUCCAGGCCUCAGAAGUUUGACCCAGCUGAGAGUGGACGGCGGCCUUUUGCCUGUGAAGAAUGUGGAAAGACAUACCGUCAUGCAGGCAGCCUAGCCAAUCACAAGAACCUUCACAAAAUUGGGGAGUACCAUUGCAAUGUUUGCAACUCUACAUACCCUAACAGGCUGGCAAUGAAAAACCACCUACGUCUCCACUUCGCCCAGAAGAAGCACAACUGCCAAGAGUGUGGCAAGGGCUUCCGCACUCAGAGGCAGCUAGCUACCCACACUACAGCCGGGCUGUGCAAAGGCCCACAGGGCCCUGGGGCCCAGAUGGAUUUUGAGUGCGAUGGCUGCUGCGAAGGCUUUGCCACGGCCGAUGAGCUUGCAGCCCAUGACUGCCCGGCCCAGCACCUGCCCUCGUCCUCCUCCACCAACAGCUCCACCAACAUCAGCAUGGAGAGAAGCUCUGUGGACCUGGACUCUGACGAGAGACCCUAUGCCUGCGACCUCUGCAGUUGCGCCUACAAACAUGCAAGUUCCUUGCUGAACCAUAAGCACACCCACAAGACGGGCAACUUCCGGUGCAACUUCUGCGACAAGCCCUACACCAACUACAUGGCGCUACGCAACCACAUGCGCAUCCACACGCAGCGGAAGAAGCACAUCUGCCACACGUGUGGGAAAGCCUUCCGACUGGCCAGGUUCCUUCGCAACCACCAGAAGGUCCAUGAGGAGGGUGCUACCCCCUUUGGCUGCCCCACCUGUGGGAAGAGUUUCCAGGGGAGAUCCGGUCUGGCUAGGCAUCGCUGCGGGGACAACCAGGUAGGCAUGGAAGUCAGGAGGAAGGCCACUGCACCCACGGGAGAGGGCGAAGAGUGUCGGUACACAUGUGAUCAAUGUGGCCGCUCCUACCGCCAUGCCAGCUCCCUUCUCAACCACAAGAACACCCACACUGUCGGCAUCUACCACUGCGCCGUGUGCCUCAAGACCUACUCCAACCUGCUUGCCCUGAAGAACCACCGCCGUAUCCACUCUGAGACACGGCGACACCGCUGCCAUGACUGUGGCAAGGCCUUCCGUGUUUCCUCUCAGCUCUACAACCACCGACGAGUCCACCAAAAGCAGCGGGAGCUGACCUGCCGGUCCUGCCAACGAGCCUUUCCUACGCAGGCCAGCUUCAGGCUCCACAUGGAGAUCACCCACGGCCAGGCACCGCAGCCCCGCCAGCCCAGACCCCAGCAGCCCCGGCCAGGGGGCUCCCAGGAGCUGGGCUGGGGGUCAGGUCUGGACCUCACUUUGAUGCAAGAGCAAGGACUCAACCCCAGCAGCAUGGCCAAAGCCCGCGGCCGUGGAGGCAACAGUGAGGUCAUCAAGUCCCAUGUCUGCGACCAGUGUGGCCGUUCUUACCGCCACGCCAGCUCCCUGCUCAACCACAAGAACAGCCACAAGACCGGGACCUACUUCUGCAACUCCUGCCAGAAGGAGUUCCCCAACCUCAUGUCCCUCAAGAACCACCGGCGGAUCCACACCGAGCCCAAGCGCUACCAGUGCCCUGACUGCGGCAAGUCCUUCCGGGUGUCCACACAACUCAUCUGCCACCGCCGCAUCCACACCAAGGAGAAGCCGUUCUCCUGCCAGCAGUGCGACAAGCGCUUCUCCUCCAAGUCCAACCUGAGGCACCACAUGAAGGUGCACUGGAGCGGCUCGACGGCGCCCCCUCCCAUGGCCAUGGGUGCGCCCAACUUCCUGGAUCUCAGUCCGGUGAGUUCGCCCAGCAGCUCCAGGAGCUUCGUCUGCAGCCAGUGUGGUCGUUCUUACCGCCACGCCAGCUCCCUGCUCAACCACAAGAACAGCCACAAGACCGGGACCUACUUCUGCAACUCCUGCCAGAAGGAGUUCCCCAACCUCAUGUCCCUCAAGAACCACCGGCGGAUCCACACCGAGCCCAAGCGCUACCAGUGCCCUGACUGCGGCAAGUCCUUCCGGGUGUCCACGGCGCUCGUCUGCCACCGCCGCAUCCACACCAAGGAGAAGCCGUUCUCCUGCCAGCAGUGCGACAAGCGCUUCUCGUCCCGGUCCAACCUGAGGCACCACAUGAAGGUGCACUGGAGAGGUCCGCCGCUGUCCAGAGGGACGUCUUCCGCCUUCCUCACCGUCUCCUCCAGACCCUUCUAGACCUCCUGAGCCGGUCUGGACCAGCAGCCCGGACCACGGCUACAGAGUGGUUCUGGUCUGUGGGGGUUCAGGGUUUGAGUCUUAUCAGCAGCUGAAGACCUGGAAUUUAACCACGAGUUCAAAGAAAUUUAUACAUGAAACACUUUGAAAAACAUCUGGAUUUAUGUGGUUUGAAGUUUUGUUGUAAAAAAGUCAUUGGUGUCAAUUCAAGAAAAAAAAGAUUUUAAUUUUUCUAACAUGUUUUUAAAGAUCAUUUUCUUUUAAAACAUUUAAAAACAUUUUUCUAUUUGUAUUUUAAAAAUAAAUAUAUAAUUACAUCUUUUCACCGAGAUCGUUCUGUUUCCGAAAUGAUUUGUCGGCCCACUUGCAAUAACGUUACGGCCCAGCAGUGGGCCACAGUCCACAGGUUGAACCACUGCUUUACAGCACAAGUAAAUUAUUAUUGUUUCAUAUGUAAAACAUGAACAUAUUUCAUAAUUGGAAGAGACUGUUAGCAACAUGUAGGAGUCUUAGUAAAAUAUCUAUCUAUCUAUCUAUCUAUCUAUCUAUCGAUCUAUCACAUACAUUUAGACAGAUGGUUUUCAAAGUCAAAUAUUUGAGAUUAUUCAAACUUCAGAUUGAACAGAAGUUUUUAAUAGUGAUUAGUUUUUGGCUUUUCGCUGCUUCCAUACGACUCAAACAUGACGAACCUGUCCUCCCUUCAGACCACGUUCACCUGGAAACUACAGCUCUCUCCUCAUGGACUCAUGAACACGAUGUUGCUGACGUUAGAGUCUUUGAGUUCAGCAGGUCACUUCCUGUGUUUUUAUUAGCUGGUGCCAAAUGAACCUGUUUGUAUCCACUGACGUUCACUGGUUCCCUGGACGCUGACUCUGGGUCUGUCGGGAUGUACUGGACUUCAGUCUCCUGAAACACAGCAAGCACAGGUGGAUUAUGGGUCUUGUAUUCUUUCCAUGGACGGCACACUGCUCAGACCUUCUUCCUCCACGUGGUCUUAUAAUCACGCCUCUCUUUGACUUUCAGCUCUGAUCUCACACACGUGAAGUCGACAGGAAACUCAGACCGCGUCUUCUUCUGGGGUUUUGUAUUUGUACAGGUGAGCGGGAAAACUGUGAGAGUGAGCUGCACCUUCCUCUGAAGGAGCGACCUGUGGAGGUGUAGAAACUUUUCCUUUCCGGAUAUGAAGGUGUGUCGACACCACAGAGGGACAUUAAUGGACGACUACAGUCGCAGGAUGCCCGGGUCUUCAUGGAGAGCUUUACGUUGACAGGAUGUGGAGCCUGGCCUCCCUUCAGUAUCAGUAUCACGUUUCUGUUGCUCUUCAAGAAGCUCAUUUCUGCCACUUGGAAAAAAACUUUUCUUUUUCUUCUUAUGUUUUGAUGUAAUUUUAACACAUUCAAGAAACAUAAUCUCUUUCUCUUUUUCAUAAUUCAGACUAAAUCUAAAAGAUGAGAACGUUCCUCAGAGGAACAAGAUACUGAGUGAAAGACUUUAUUGUUCUUAUGAUUUAUUUUAAUCACUUAUGAAAUACUGUCUUAGUUAUGAAACUUAAGUUUUGUUAAAAUAGAGAAUGUUUUUAAACACUAACUGUAAUAAUUAUGAGAAACUAAAGUAUAAGACACUGAGUGAUGCUGUCUAAUAACUCUAAUAAAUAUUCUCAUAACUAUUAGAUACUUUUUCAUAAUUAAGAUUAAAUCUUAAUUAAGAUUAAAUCUUAAUUAUGUGAUAGUAAGUCAAAAUAUGACUUAGUAACUAAAAAAAAAAGAAACAAGGAAGUGGCAGGAAGUGGCUUUCAUACUCACCUGCUCCACAAGAUGGCCGCCCAGACUCCCCGCUGACGUCAUGCGUCUCUUUGUUUCUCUCUCAGACUUCAUGUUCGGGAGCCAUUUUGUCUCUGGAGAAACUCAAACCAACAGACUUCAGGUUGAUUUUACAGCAGCCUGCAGACCAGCAACAUCCUCUUCUUCUUCUUCAUCACUUUAUAUCUGUGUAAUCACUGUUUCUGGGCACCUGUAUUUUCUGACUCACGUAUGUAGAUAGUUUAAAGGGUCGUGGUACGAACUAAAGAGAAGUAGAAUUUUAAAAAGUGAUGAUGUGAUGAUUGUGUAUCCUCGACUUUCAGCUGGUCACAACCUGCAGCUGCUUUCACUUCCUGGACGAGCCACAGACAUUUACUUUUAUAAACUUUAUUAACGUAGUAACAUAUUAAUAACAAAUUGGGGGGGGGGGGAUUUCUCCUCUUUAAAGAAUCGCAGCUUUGUGGAUCAACCAAGAAGAGAAAAACAACUGCAGUCACUGUGACAGCCAUUUUGUGUCCCUUCCUCAAGCCUAUAUUUCAACAGCUGCAACAAAACAAAGGAAUUGGAAACAUUUUCUCAUAUUUGUGACUUUAUUUAAUUCCAUAAUUCCAUAAUCUGUCUUGUAAUUAUGAGAUUGAUUUGUUGUAAUUAUGAAAUCUCUCUCAUUAAUCAUGGGAUUCUGUAAUUCUCACAAUUAUGAGAAAACGUUCUCAGGGUGAGAAUAUUAGUUUAAUAAUCAUGAAAUCUACAUCUGGUGAGUGUGAAAAGAUGCUUUCAUAAGUAUGAAAAUGUUUUUUAAUAUUAUAACUAUUACAAUCUUCUCAUGAGAUUCAUAUCUUGUAAUUAAGAGAAUGUUUUCUUGUAAUUACUAGAAACAUAGUUAUGAGAAAAUCAAAAACAAACAAAAACAAUAACAAUAAUAUUAGAAUAAAUAAAAAUAAUAAUAAUCUCAAUCUAUUAAUAAUAAAUAAUAAUCUCAUAAGCAAAUGAGAAUAUUUUGUUGUAAUGAUGAGAUCUUUUCUCAUUAUUGUGAGAUCCAGAAACUAAAUCUCUUAUAAUUAUCAGAAAACUGUGAGACACAUCUGUGAAAAUGUUUUUUCAUAAUCAUUUCAGAUUUCUUACUUACAGAAAUCCAGCUGUGAACAUGAGAACGUUUGCUCGAGACUAUGAGAAUAUUUUCUCAUAAUUAUGUGAAACAGAAAUUAAAGAUCUGAUAAUUACAAGAAAAACUAUAUAAUACAACAUAAUUAUAGGGUCUUUACUUUUCUUGUCAUUUAAUUGUAACUUUCUGUGAGAUCUGGAAAAAAAAAUACAGAUUUUUAUGACAAUGUUUUCUCAUAAUCUUCAGAACUAUGAGAAUGAAAAAAAAGGAAUCAUAAUUAUCAGAAAAAACUAAACUAUCUCACAAAAAUCUAUUUAAUUUCUUGUAAUUAUGGGAGUAUGGCAAGAGAUCUAUAUUAUUAGUUUGAGAGACAUUCUCAUAGUUAUGAGAAUGAAAAAACUUGAUCAUAUUAGUGAUCAAAACUUUCUCGUGAUUUUUUGAAGUGAAAGUUCCUGAUGCAGUAACAAGUAAAAAGUUGUUUGCCUUCGUGCUGUUGCAGCUGUGACACAACACUCACCUGGACAAAAGGUGUUUUUCAUCAGAAAAAUGUAAAUUUAUCAGCAUUAUGUUGAACAAGCUUUAUUUCAGCUGGGGAUGCAAAAUGGUGCAGUAGGAAGCAACUAGUAGAAACAUAGCAGUAGACUGUUGGUGCUGUUUGGUUAGAUGAUGUAUCGUCAUUGUACCUCUGUAUCAUAACCUCUGUAUGACCUUUUGUAUACAAACUGUAGAAUGCCUUUAUUUCUAUCUAAACAGACCCAUGUUAACCAGAUGUGAAGUUAUCCAGGUUUGAUGAAGCAGCUGUUGGUGAGAAAUGGUUGGAAAAUGUCACAAAAUGGAAAAAGUCAGGAUCCAACAUCAUAAAAAAGUAACACUUUGACAUUUUCUUCUUAGUGAUGUGUAUGUUUUUGUUUCUGUGUAUUUAACACGACUGAACAUUCCCAGGAUAAUUCAAAUAAGAUACCGCAGAUACUGUAGUUUAUUUUGACUCAACCCACACACCCCAAAUACUCAAAUGUGGAUUAAAAUAGUCCCAAAUGCUUUAUAUAUUUCCUCUUGUUUGUUUGAUAAAAGCUACAGUGAGCAGCUGAUUUAGGGAAUUAAUACGUCUUUUUAAUUAAACUAUAUAUUUGUGAGGAGUUUUUAAAAGAUUCAUUUCAUACAAACGUCUGAGAGGCUUGUGUUACACAGGUAGUAAAGGUCAUACCAUGUGCUCAGCUCACUGUUGAUCCCAACAGUGCACACCUGAGUUCCCUCAUGUCCUCAUUCAGGUAAAAGUGUUCAGUCAGAACUCUGCAGGGUCCUAGUGCCCUGGAGCUGCCGCAUGAACUACACAGUGUGACUUGACCUGGAUGAGGUUUACACAGGUUGGUUUUAGUUUUAAUUCUUUAAAGAGUAAAACUUUUCACUGACUGUAUUUCCUCUGUGAUUGUGGGGGGAACCACAAAGAACAGAGAGAUAUUUUCUUUGAUUUUCUUCAGCUUGUAUGAUGAUGACUCGAUCACUGUUUGACAAAGACAAGAAGGAAAGCCUGUGAUGUUCAGCUGCUGUGUGAAGGUUUGUGACGCUGCUAUGAGGGUUUCUGUCUGUCUCUGCUCUCUGUGCUUCUCUCACUUUGUUCUGCGUCUGUGUUUUUAUAAAUAAAUCCUGUUUCUACACCGUC